CAGCCCCCGGGGCCGCCGAGCUGCAGCCCGGGCAGUCGCCGCCGCCGCCGCCGCUGCCACCGCGAACAUGGAGCCCCGGGACGGCCGGUCCCGGGCGCACAGGGCCCCUUGGCUGCUGGCGCUCGCGCUCCUGCUGGGGGCGCAGCCAGGUGCCCAGGCUGAGGAGCCCUCGUCUGAGUUCUCCCUGGUGGAGGUGAUGAAGGGGGAGCCUGUCGCCCUGAACUGCACUGCCUUGGGGGCCCACGACCAUUUUGUGCUGGAGUGGUUCCUGGCAGACCGCUCUGGGUUCCGCCACCGCCUGGCUUCGGCAGAGCGGCAGGGCUCCGAGCUCCAGGGCCGGGUGCACGACUCCCGGGGCCGCAGCCCCCCCUACCAGCUGGACUCCCGGGGCCGCCUGGUGCUGCCCGAGGCCCAGGUGGGCGACGAGCAGAACUACGUGUGCGUGGUGAGGGUGGGCGCGGCGAGCAUCGAGGCCACCACGGAGCUCCGCAUGUUCGCGAAACCGGAGGCCACGGAGGUCUUCCCCAACAAAGGGAUCCUGUCCGUGGUGGAUGACUCUACCCAGGAGAUCGCCACCUGCCACAGCCGCAACGGGAACCCCGCCCCCCAGAUCACGUGGUACCGGAACGGGCAGCGGCUCAGGGUGCCCAUGGAGGUGAACACAGAGGGCUACAUGACCAGCCGCACGGUCCGCGAGGCCUCGGGCCUGCAGUCCCUCACCAGCACCCUCUACCUGCGGCUCCGGAAGGCCGACCGGGACGCCAGCUUCCACUGCUCCGUGAGCUACCACCUGCCCGCCGGCCGGCGCGGCCGCCUGGACAGCCCCGCCUUCCACCUGACCCUGCACUACCCCACGGAGAACGUGGAUUUCUGGGUGGGCAGCCCGUCCACCACCGAGGGCUGGGUACGCGAGGGUGACUCUGUCCAGCUGUUUUGCCGCGGGGACGGCAAUCCCAGCAUGGAAUACAUAUUUUUCCGCCUUCAGGACAAGCAGGAGGACGUGCUGAAAACAAAUCUUGAGGGGAACUUGACCCUGGAGGGGGUUCAGCGGGGCCAGAGCGGGACCUACGGCUGCAGGGUCGAGGACUACGACGCCGCUGAGGACGCGGUGCUCUACAAAACCGCCGAGCUGCGCGUGGCCUACCUGGACCCCCUCGAGCUCAGCACCGGAGAGGAGCUUUCCUUACACUUGGGCAACAGCACCACCGUGAACUGCUCCGUGCGAGGGCUGCCCACCCCUGCCCUGCGCUGGACCAAGGACUUCGUCCCCCUGGGAAACGGCCCCACCCUCUCGCUGAGCUCCAUCACCUUCGACUCAGCGGGCACCUACGUCUGUGAGGCGUCCAUGCCCACAGUCCCCCUCCUCAGCCGCACCCAGAGCUUCAACCUGCUGGUCCAAGGGCCACCUCAGUUAAGCGCGGAAGAGACUCAGCCCCAGACAGAGGGCGGCUGGAGGGAAGGCGAAGAAGUCAGGCUGGUCUGCUCUGCCCGCGGUUACCCGGAGCCCAAACUCAGUUGGAGCCAAUUGGGCGGCAGUCCAGCAGAGCCAGCCCUCAGAGGGCAGGGCUGGGUGAGCAGCUCCUUGACCCUGAAGGUGACCAGUGCCCUGAGCAGAGAAGGGGUCUCCUGCGAGGCCUCCAAUGCCCACGGGAAGAAGCAGCACGUCUUCCACUUCGGCUCUGUGGCCCCCCAGACUGCGCAGGCCGGCGUGGCUGUCAUGGCCGUGGCCGUGAGCGUAGGCCUCCUGCUGCUUGUCGUUGCUGCCUUCUACUGCAUGAGACGCAAGGCUCGCCCCGGCUGCUGCCAGCGGGGGGAAAAGGGGGCUCCGCCACCUGGGGAGCCACAGCUGAGCCACUCAGGGUCAGAGCGGCCUGAGCAGACGGGCCUUCUCAUGGGAGGUGCCUCUGGAGGAGGCCGGCAUGGCAGCGGGGGCUUCGGAGAUGAGUGCUGAGCCCGAGGACCUCCAAGAGGCGCUACUGGACCUGACAUCAGAGAAUCAGCAUCAGAUAGCCAGCCCUGCGCACGCCUCCGCCUGCCCCCACCUUCCCUCUUCCCCCUCCGGCCCUCCCUUCCCUUCCUUCCUCUGCAGGCUGGGCAGGGACCUACAGCAGCCACUGCUUGCAGGGAGGGAGGGAGGCUGGGUAGGAGGGGACCUUCCUCCAGGGAAUGUGACUCUCCCAGGCCCCAGAAUAGCUCCUGGACCCAAGCCCAGGGCCUGGCCUGGGACAGGACGAGGCUCCAAGGCUCCGAGGGUCGGCUGGCCAGGGCGAUUUUUACCUCCUGCCUGCAUUGCUGGUCCCCCGCCCCACCUGACGUCCUACUGCAUAGUCUGACACUGGAUCCCCACCCCCUGCCCCUCCACCCCCCACCCCACCAUCUGUGGACACUGGAGUCUGGAAUAAAGGCUGUCUGUCACAUCA